CGUCACAGCCACAGAGAACAAGCGAGAAACCACUCUGCACUGCACGCACGCACGCCCACACACACACAGAGGAAGAGGAAGAGAGAGAGGGGGGGAUCGACAUCCGUGUGAUUCAUCCUUCCUCAUGAGGCCGAUCAGAGAAGGCGAGGCGCUGGUGGGAGUCGCCGGGGCUCCGGCAGCGGCGGCCGGCCACGGCGCGCACCCGGGGCUGUGGAGGACGCCCACGCCGUACCUCUUCCUCGGCUUCGCGCUCAUGAUGGGGCUCAUCGCCGUGGCGCUGCUCGUGCUCGUCUGCACGCGCCGCAAGCCGUCGGGCUCGUCGCGGCGGGGGACCGCCGGCGAGGAGGCGUCUGCGCGCGGGAUGGCGCCGCUCGACCGGGAGCCCAAGGUCGUCGUCAUCAUGGCCGGCGACGACAUGCCGUCCUUCCUCGCCAGCGCCAGGCCGUUCGCGGUCCCCGCCGUGAACGCCGCCGAAGCCGGCGAGCAGCGGCAGGUGGACGCGGCGUAGGCGCGACGCCCGCCCGCCCGCCCGUGUAACCGCGGGACCAAUUUUGGCCUCUAGGAUUUUCCCUGCGUGAUCUGUCCGUAGAAUCUACAACUACUCAAUUAGCAGAGAAGAUAGAGCUGUAGUGGUUUGCGUUUCUUGGUGAGGUGAGGUGAGCGGCGCGCAUGGCGUGAGCGCGCCGGCGGCAUAUGUUGAGAUCUGUGAAAGCGAAUGGAAUUUUGGCUUGCAUCUUCAUUCAAUAAAUGCACGAUGCUUGCUUGGUUGCUCUCCAA